AUGCUACCGUCAUGUCGAGGUAUCUCUCGGGAUGACCUGGUGAAUUUCCCACAUGAGACAAGCCUAUCAGCCUCACUUCAGGCCCAAACCUGUGCCACGGCCACCGGCACGUCGAUCAUCCGCCUCGGACCCUUUUGUGCCAGAAAGUGUGCCUUUCCAUUUGUACCUACCGGCAGUCUGGGAUUUGCGCACCUGUGCCUACCCCUCCUGGCCGAAGUGGUAUCUGUCGGUGUGCAGAACUUUCGCACUCUGGCCAGGGCUCUUAACGUCUCGCUUUGCCCGGGUCGACGAUACCGAGGGCGAAUGUGUCUCCAAGACGUCUGGGAAUGGCACCCUUGGGAAAGCUAUGCGGUGACAGAGCAAGGAGGCAUUUGA